UGAGAAGGCAACAAAGCGGCUCCCGCGGCGUGUUUACAGCCGCCAGCCGGGUCCGAGGGGGUAGCGCCUGGGGCUGCCUGGCCCCUCACUGUGCAGCCUGGGCAAGCAGCCGCAGCCGCCCGUGCCCCCGUCCUGGCUCCGCUGGGGCGUGUCUGUGGGAAGCCAGUGAAUGUAUCCGCGUUUCAAUCCCUCUCCCUGCUCUCGGGGGUGGUGAAGGGUACCUGGCCGCAGGGUGUGAGCGGGGAGUUGCGCUGAGGCAGAGCCGUGGGUGCUGCGUCCGAGAGAAGGCGCUCAGGUUCCUCCUGCGCGUGGCAAAAUCCAACCCCUCUCGCCCUCCUAAAAAGAGGGAGGGGUAUCGGCUGGCGGCUGGCUCCUGCGGUGUGAGGAAUGAAGGGAGCCUGGUUUCAGUCCUGAGAAGAGUGCCCGUAUAGCCAGCUGGAACGGGUCUGGGAAGCUUGCCACAGGCUCGGCAAUGAGCAGACCGCUAUUGCAAAGCAGGAUGCAGCAGGAAUAUCGGAAUGUUUCCGUCCUUCUGCCCAACAGAGAGCAGCUCAGUGUGACCAUCGGGGUAAAAGCCACCGGACAGGAGCUCUUCCAGCAAGUUUGUGACUUAGUGAAGAUUAAAGACCCUCACUUCUUUGGCCUCAGUAUUGUUAAAAACAAUGAAUAUGUAUUUAUGGACCUGGAGCAGAAGCUUAGCAAAUACUUCUCAAAGGAAUGGAAGAAAGAGACUAGCAAAGGGACAGAGAAGUUUACCCCUCCUUUUGUUGCCUUCUUCAGAGUGCAGUACUACGUAGAAAAUGGAAGAGUCAUAAGUGACCAGGCAGCCCGGCACCUGUACUACUGCCAUCUCAAGGAGCAGUUGUUGAGGUCUCGGUGCCUCCACAAAGAAGAAAUCUACUUCCUGCUGGCUGCGUACGGUUUACAGGCGGACUUCGGCAGCUAUAUGGAGAAUGUCCAUGUUGGGAAAUAUUUUGAACCUCAAGCCUAUUUCCCACAGUGGAUAAUUGCAAAGAGGGGGAGUGACUAUAUCUUGAAGCAUGCUCCAGAGAUGCACCAAGAACAGCAUGGUCUGACUGCUAAAGAUGCAAUCCUGAAGUUCAUUAAGGAGUCCUGUUUACUGGAAGAUGUGCCUGUCCAUUAUUACAGAUUACAGAAGGAUAAGAAGGAAGAUCGCCCGACAGUUGUCCUGGGCCUCACCCUUAAAGGAAUUCACAUCUAUCAGGAGAUGAACCAUGUCAGCCAGCUGCUCUACGACUUCCCCUGGUCACAUAUUGGGAAACUUGCGUUUCUGGGGAAAAAAUUUGAGAUCCAGCCGGAUGGUUUGCCCUCUGCCCGGAAGCUGGUGUACUAUACAGGUUGCCCUUUCCGGUCACGGCACUUGCUGCAGCUCCUGAGCAACAGCCACCGACUCUUUCUGAACAUCCAGCCGGUGCUGAAGCAGAUCCGAAAGCUGGAGGAGGCUGAAGAGAAGAAGCGUUAUCGGGAAUCCUACAUCAGUGACACUCUGGAGAUGGACCUUGACCCCUCGGAUAAACACUCCCACAGCAGUGGAAGCAGUGGGGGCAGCCGGAGGAACAAUAGACUAUCUCGUCAAUCAACUGGGAGCCACGGCAGCUCGCACACGUCUGGCAUCGAGGCUGAUUCGAGGCACAGGAUGUCAGUGGAAAUGUCAGUGGAUGAGCCCUUUGGUAUCGAACGGGUUCAUCGGAAGGAGAAAUCAUGCAGCUCGACUGUUAGCUAUGGCAGCUCUGGCAUUGGCAGUGGUAGCAAAGGGAGAGCUGAAGAUGACUCUCAGGAUGACGAGGUUGAGCUGGCAGUGGAUGAGCCAGAGGAGGUGCCUGUGGAUGAACCUGUAGAGAGAAACCAGUUGGAGGAGGCAGCUAAAGGAGAGUCUGUCAGUUCUCUUGCUUUAGAUGCACUUUGCUGUCAAGCCCUUAAGCAGAAGCCUCUCCCUGUGGUACAAGUCACACUGCUAAAAAUGAGAGGCCAAAGUGCGGAAUCCCUUCAUCAGGUGAGACAGCCUAAAGACAGGAGCUGCUCAGACCAGCACAGCCAGAGUUUGGAUGACAUCCGUCUUUACAAGCAUCGGCAUCCACCACUAAGCUCCACGUUAUCUUCGGACACCUCCCACAGCUACACGUUUGGUUGUGCACUGGAGGAUAAGCUGGCCAACUACGGCUGCGUUUAUUCAACAGCAGACUGCAAAACCAAGUCCGCCCUCUAUGGAAAGAGAUCCAUGAACUGCCUGUCUCUGGAUCUCUUGGGAGAAGACCAGCUGCCGGAGGAGUUUGUAGUGUAGCCAGGUCGGCAAGGUCCUAACCAAGGAGACGGCUCAUUAGGGAAAUAAAAGCUACUAUAUAUACCUCAUCAAUGCACGAUACAUUGCUUUUGUUCUCGCAGGUGAUUGGUAAAUGACUUUUGUACCCUAUUAAGGGAUAUAUAAGUAGUGCCACAACCCAACAAACCUGACAAAAGUGCAAGUUUAUUACAGGGGAGCACUUUAAUUAAAAAGAAAAAUACUGGCAUUGGAAUAUCUGUCCUCUACCCAGCGCACUGUUAAAAUGGACUGCCCCAAUAGAGCUGACAACUUUUUUGUUUAAAAUACCAGUGGACAGUUGGCCCAAAACGUCUAAUAAGCUAAUAGCACAGAGAGCACAUUGAAUUGACUUCCCUGAAAAGAACUACGGAUUCCACAUAGUUUGUUUUUUUUUAAGCCACCUACUUCCUGACCUUUUGUGCCCAUAAUGUUGCACUAAUCAAGUGUGUUGGUCCCCUUAAAUUCACUGUACUGAGGAACCGCUGUCAACUGUCUGUUUUCUCCUAGAACAUAUCUCAGCCCAUCAACAACUGGUAUGGACCUUCUGUAGCUCUGUAAUAUCUAGAACCCUGUCCUGCUCCCUUUGAAAUCAGUGGAAGCUUCACUGUUGACUUCACUAGGAGCAGGAUCUGCCCUAUUGUGGGUUUGUUUCUAGAUUCCCUCCCCAACCAAGCCAAAAACAUACCAGCAAUUGUACCACUGUUUUUUUUUUAAACUGCAUUUUAGAGCAGCGAAGCGGGAACCACUGGCCACUAACUAUUGCUACAAACCUCCACUAUUGAUCCCUAGAUACAGUCUUCCUCCUUGUUAUUGUUGGAAAACAACAGGAUGACUCCGCUGCUUCCGGCAGUUUGGAUUUUGAGGAAGUCAUGACGAAAGUGCUAAUUGAUUGGCUUUUCAGGAAAGAAGUGUGGCUGGAGAAGUUGUCCAGGUAUGAUCGCAUCUACUUGAAUCAGGGCACUUUUAAAAAAACUCAAUUCCGUAUAAAUUCACCCUCUGAGUUUUGGAGGCCGAACAUGGAGAAAUAGAUUUCAGAGGAUGGCUAAAGUAGUUAAUAGUGAUUAUGCCCACUUUUGAUUUUGAUUGGGGCAUUCAACUGGUGAAGGGUGACUGUAAGGCACCUGAUGAUAGAUGUUUGUGGUGGUUUCUGUGUCCAGAGGUUAUGGUUUGGGGUUUUUUGAGUGCUAUGGAGCUGUACCAGUGUUGUGUGAAAGGAUACAUGCACUGGUACUAUAUGAUAAAAAGGGCUCAUAUUAGGUCUGGAGAUGAAAUGCUUUCUGCCUUCAUUCACAAAAGUGAUGCUAUGUUAUUUUGCCCCCUUUUUUUCCCACCUGCAGUACUUAGGGGAAAAGGGAGUGACACAACCACCUAUAACCCCAUGGCCAGGCUGCAUCCUGGCGAAAUGGAGAAGAAUGAUGUAACGAAUCAAUGUUCCAUACAUCCCCUCAGCAAAGAAUAAUUAUUUUAGAAAAUAAAGCAAAAUGUCAUCUUGUUGACUUAAAAAAUUUGAGUACAGUAUCGAUCUUGCUGCACUAAAGAGUUGAAAAUAGUUGAAUCCAUGUAAGCUGCAGUCAGACAACAGUUAAAAUUCACUGCAGUUUUGAAAGUCCGUUUGCUGGGCCUUUUAAGAGGAAGAUACUCACUGUGAUCCCAGCACAAAUGGAAAACUGCAUUAUAUUACCAUCUUAGGCAGCAGUCAGUUGGAUAGUUGCAUUGCAAGUGAACUAUUAAAAUAACCAAGCCAGAAACUCCCUGAUCUCAGUUAUGGUACAAGAUUUUCAUGCAGAUAGGUAUAUCUCACAACAGCAGAUGCAUCAAACAUUGCUCUGUUGAAAAUGCCAGUUGUCCUAUUGCUUUAGAUGACAUUUAACUUACUAUACAUGAGGCAAGGGUUCUUGGUGUUGUCUUCAUUUUUCAGUCAUCCUUUGUUAUCUUGAGAAGGAAGUGAUCUUAAACUUAAGAUGCACAAAACCAGCCAUGUAGCAUGCUCUCAAUAUGUCAUUCUCUCUGACUCAACAUAUUUUGCUGUAUUUAUGGUCAGAAAAUGUUUAGAAGGUAUUUGAGCUGAUGGCUGCUUGAGUGCAUGAGUAAAAGUUUAUUGUACUUGCUGUGUGUAUGAGAAUCUUCACGGUUGACUGGUAACUCUGGAACUCCAUAUCUUGGGUCAGUCCGUGAUGGAGCAAAACUCCCUGUGAAGUCAUUGGGAGUCUUGUUGAAUUCGAUUUCCCCAUUCUCAGCACUGUGUCCGUGGGCCAGAUCCUGCAUCCACUAAUGUAAUGUCAUUGAAUACAUUCUCUUAGUCGAAUAGAUGCAAUACUGACCCCAAUAUGUAUUUUUUGAUAGGCUAAGACACACUAUCGGUCACCUGUAAUCAUGUUUUAUUCCACUGGUAUUGCUAUUAUUACUUCACAAUGCUUGAGAAUGAUUUGUAUGAUGCUGAAUUCAUCAGUUUACUUUGACUAUCCCAGCAAAGCGCAAAACCCUUCUAUAUCAUACUUCAUUAUUUUUACUUUGAGUCUAGACAGUGAUAGAGCUUUUAACUCUUAUUUAUCAGCCAAAUUCAGCGUCAGUCUGUUAGAGACCAAAAGUUGCAACCGUUAGAGGCCUAUUGAACAGCAUGUAAAAUGAGUUGGGGAAAGUGGGUUCAGUCCAGGAUCAUGCAGACAAGUGACCUCAUUCCAUGGAGACUGAACUUACCUUUUCAUUCGUCAAUCUGGAGAGACCACCUCAGAGUUGAGAAAUGCUGGUGGGGGUCUGGGGCUGCUUUUGCUGGCCAUGCUGUGGGUCUGUUCUAUCUACAGAGAGGACUUCAGCCUACAGUGCUGUCACUCUAAUGCUAAAUUCACUCACCCGUUCUAAUGCAAUUCCUCAAGGAAUCCUUCUAUUGUUAAGACUCUCACUUUCAAUUAUUUUCAAUUCUGGGGAGGUAGAGGGUAUAAAUCCAGCAAGGUAUUUUUCUCUGGAAGUUCUCUGUGGGGGAAAAAUUGUAUGUGCUGCACGCUCGCUCACUCUUUUUUCCAUAAUAAAUUACCUUUAAUUUUUGAAUAUUUGCUAUAUUCUAAUCUAGUGGACUGUCUGAAGUGUUAGGCACUUUUUUUAAAGUGCCAGUCUGAUCACUGUCACCAAACAGUGAAAUUACAUUUUUAUCCCUGAUUUUUGUGCACGUUAGAAACAAACAAAAAGACCCACAAUUCCAGCAAGAUUGUGUGAAAACACUCUCUAAAAUAGUGGCAGCAAUAAUUUAAAAAUUGGAAAGUGCUAAGUUUGUGUGUGUCUGAUUUACAAAUGAGGUGGAACACCAAUGUCUAAAAGUUAAAGUAGUUCUUCCAUGUGUAUCCAUUGAAUACAAUUGCUGGUUGUGUGUAAAUAUAUGUAUAUAUUUAUUUAUUUGGUGUGGAGAGAAAACUCUCCAAACUUUGGGCAGUCUUAUCCUGUUGGUACUUGCGGCUCAUAUUGAUACUAAUGUAUGCGUAUGAAAGGCAGAAUGAGAGUGACUCACUCUAUAUCUUACAAACACUGUGAAUACAUAUUAUGCAAUCUCUUCUGUAUUCAUGUGACACUACUGUUUUGACUAGUAAUGUACUUUGUUGUCUUUAAAUCCAGAAGUUCUACUUUAUUAUUUGUUUUUGGAUUAGUUGUGGUAGGGGGUAAAAAUAAGCAUUUUAUCUAUGAUGUUAUGAAACCAGCUGCCGAUGUUUGUACAGCUGUAAUAUACUCAUGGUAUAAGUCACUCUAUAUUUUAUGGCACAAGUUUCUCCUUUCCAUGAAAGGAAUCUUUGUUUUUAAAAAUUUAAAUAUAUAUAAAAAAAUAUAUGUACACUUGUAAUAAAGGAU